AUGGGUUUGGAGACCGAUGGAAGUCUAAGUGAGGAGGCUCCAGGACAGACAGUUCCUCUACCCCCAAGCCAUCAGUAUGCCAAAUCCCUCCCUGUCUCCGUGCCCAUCUGGGGCUUUAAAGAACAACGCCAAGAGAUGCGAUCCUCUGAUGAAGAGAACAGUAAGCAUUCGUCUCCCGACUUGGAGAAGAUUGCCGCCAGCAUGAAAGCUCUGGUGCUGCGGGUUUCAGACGGCACAGAGAUGUUUGGAGACCUGCCUCGGCCACGCCUGAAUACGAGUGACUUCCAGAAGCUGCAUCGGAAAUAUUAAUAGAUCUGGCC